AAAACAAAUAAAUAAAAGGUCAAACAGACACAGACAUUUUCGUCUCUUUACUUUUCUUGCUUCUCGCUACUUUCCUCUUUUUCCAUCUCUGCUUGUUCUGUUUACUUAAUAACAAACCAGAAACAGAACCAUCAUUACCUUACCAUUUCCAUGGAAAUUCAAUCGAAUUGGAAGGAUCAAAACGAUCCCUUUGAGUCUGGUUUGAGCUCCAUUGUUACAUCUCCAGCAGCAUCCAAUGGCUCUGUCAUUCCUGCCCAUACUUUUAUGAUCAGAAAAGUUAUUGGAAGACUUGGAAACAUCUGUAAUUCUUCUGAUAUUUCACCUCAGUCUUACCUUAAUAAUCCUUUCUCAAUUCCAUUUGAAUCAGAAAAGCAUGGUGGAUCUCAAGAUGGGCGUAAGAAAUUCAGUAGGCCUUCAACGCCUGAGGACUCUUCAUUCUCAGAGCAGAUCCCAAAAACCCAAACUGAUUCUAAUCCCAGAAAAAGAAAAUCAAUUCCAAGACCAAAGUUGGUAGUAGAAACUGAGGAAUCUGAUACAAAGAGAAGCAAGGCAGAGACAAAUGCAACUGAUAAUUCAAAGCCAGAGCCACCGAAAGAUUAUAUUCAUGUUAGAGCCAGAAGAGGUCAAGCUACAGACAGCCAUAGUUUGGCCGAACGAGUUCGUCGAGAAAAAAUUAGUGAGAAAAUGAAGUUCCUUCAAGAUCUUGUUCCAGGUUGCAAUAAGGUGACUGGAAAGGCAGUCAUGCUUGAUGAAAUCAUCAACUACGUCCAGUCAUUGCAGCGCCAAGUUGAGUUUCUCUCCAUGAAGUUGGCUUCUAUGAAUCCAAGAAUGGACUUCAGCAUGGAUGCUCUCCUGUCAAAACAUAUGCAGAUGUUUCAAUCUCCUGGAUCUCAGCAACCUACACUUUGCCCACUAGAUUCUUCGAUGACAUUCCCUUUUGGGCAUCAGCAAGAGCUGCCUCUAUAUAAUAAUAUUGCAGAAAAUCAAUUUUUAAUGAGCCAAUUCCGUCCCAUUAAUGAAGCCGCCUCUCAGUCUCAGGUUUCAUCGUUCUGGGAGGACGACCUUCAAAGCCUUGUGCAAAUGGGUUUUAACCGGAAUCCGCCGCAGGCCUUUUAUGGGUCAAUCAGAUGAAAACCAAGUUGUAAUAACCAACAAAAAAGUUUAAUUGGAUUGAAGCCCCAGUCCACAGAGAAGAGAGGCUUCUGUAUAUAAACUUGGAUUUGAGUGAAGAAGAGAAGAGGGCAUUCUUAUUUCUCAUUCUAAUUUGGCUAAUUGCUUAAAAUGGGAUGGUAAGAAAAAAUUGUUUGAGGGAAAUUUUUUUAUGACUUAUUGUAUCAACCUCAUUAAUUUCUUACCAUAAAUCAAGGAAGAUAUGUUUAUUAUUAUUAGUUUCAUUAAUGUCCAUGUCCACUUCAAUAAAGGUGGGCAAUUUUAAUGAGAAUGAUGAGCUUGCUUA